AUGAUAUGCUCAGCAAGAGGUCUCCUCCAUCCGAGGCUGGCCCUUCUCCAUCGACCGCAAUGGCAGCGUCUCGCCAGCUCUAGCGCACGCGGUGCGUCGCCCAAGACCAAAACCAAGACCUCGAAACCACCACGACCGAUACCCUACAAGCCAUCGAGCAUCAAGCCCCGCGAGCCGAAUUUACGAGACCAUGUCGACCCCCCCGAACCCCAGACCGUGGCGUCUAUCUGGAAAACCCACUGGCUGCCUCUGUCAGGCGCUGUCCUCCUCGCCGGCGCCCUGGGCUUCUACAUUGUCGGCACAGUCACCGCCUCCGUCAAGGCCUCAGGCUGCCCGUGCGUCGAGCACUCCAUACCGACAGGCCGCCCCCCUGCGCUGACGGGCGACAAUGCCGACACUUUUGACAAGGAGCUGGACUUUCCCGAGUGGUGGAUGGGCAUCCGCGCCCUGCGCAAGAGGCUCGCGGCCGAGGCCAGGGGCAACGUCCUGGAGCUCGCCAUGGGCGGCGGCCGCAACCUGGAGUACUACGACUGGUUCGCGCUGUCGCAGUACGCCGCGGGCCGGCCCAACAUUGUCGCCAAGGGCGUCACGUCCUUCACGGGGCUGGAUAUUUCCGCCGACAUGCUCGACGUCGCGCGGCGACGGCUCGUCAAGGCCGUGCCGCCCAUGAAGGACUCGGCGCCGGUCGUGGCGGCCGCGACGAUGCCGGACCGCACGGGCGGACAACUGUCGUACCUCGACGGGCACCUGCGCUUGGUCAACUCGGAUGCGCACAAGUCACUCCCCGCCACGGCGCGGGGGGACAAGUACGACACAGUGGUGCAGACGUUUGGCCUCUGCUCCGUCUCGGACCCGGUGGCUGUGCUUACAAACCUGGCGUCCGCCGUGAAACCCAACACCGGCAAGAUUAUACUUCUAGAGCAUGGAAAGGGGUGGUUCGGCAUCCUGAAUGGGCUGUUGGACAAGGAUGCCGACAAACAUUUCGCGAAAUACGGCUGUUGGUGGAACAGAGAUAUCCAGGGGUUGGUGGAGGAGGCCGCGCAAAAGACGCCUGGCCUCGAAAUCGUCAAGAUCGAGAGACCCAAGUGGUUGCAAUUCGGAACGCUGGUCUGGGUCGAGCUGAGGGUGAAGGACGCGUCGCCCUAG